AUGGCGGACGGCUCACGCUUUCCGCCAUCAAACUUUCCACCUCAAAAUAUUCGCAUUCCAGCGCCAUUCACCAAUGAAAUUUCUUCUUCAUGCACAAAUCGUCUGGGUCUACCUCAAAAUCAAUUUUUCCCACAAUCGCAUCCGUCUACAAGCAAUUCAGUGCAUGGACAUGUUUCACAAAAACUACCAGCGAAUCCGAGUCACAACAUGGCCUACCACAAUGUGCAGAGAUUUCCAAAGCCUCCGUUCCAGCAAAAUCACGGCACUCUGCGACAAGGAAAGCAACCAAUGGCUGUGAAUAUGCCGGAGAUGCAGCGACAUCCCUUUGCGGCCGGCCAGUUUACCACCGACAAACAACGGCAUGUACAAAAUUCAAGCCCUAACUCUCAUUAUGAACCUUUCUCUGGCCAUGGGCAAAUACAACUUCAUCCAAGAAGUUCUCAGACUAAUAUGAACAAUAAUAUAGCGCAUAAUUCCUCAUCUUUCUCUCCUGGAGCUCGGCAAAUUUCAAACCUCAAUCCAUUACCAGCUGCAAGCAAAGUUUCAAUGCUACAUGAAAAUUCUUCUUUCAAUUCCUUUACUGAAUCAUUGCCAGGACCAUUUCCACAGCCCAUUUCUGGGUCACAUGUGCUAGCACCUAUCCAGUUUCCUCCAUCAGUACCAAACAGCAACCCAGCAAUGCACCUAACAGCACCUCCAUCAUUACCAAACAGAGUCCCUUCAUUGCACUUGGCAGCACCUGUGCUUCCAGCCCAUCAACCUCUUGACAGGGUCCAAGAAUUCUCAAGCCAGGACAGAAUAAAUACAUUUUUAAAAGAAAGAGGAAUUAGUAAACAGGACAAACAACAGACAAUAAAGAGUAACUUGAAGGUAAAGUACAUAUCUUCAUCAUUGCUGUGCCUGAAGGGUAUUUAUAUUGUGGCUUAACCUGCAUUUUUACCUUUACUUUUGUGUGCAAUGAAAAAAGACAAAAGUCUACAAUUAAUAGUGUAUAACUGAGUUGAAAACGUAAAUUAGCCACUGUAAAGGGUAAAAAAGCUGAUGUUUCAAGCAUUAGCCCUUCGUCAGAGUGAACAAUUUCUCCAAUUGCUCUGACGAAGGGCUAACACUUGAAAUGUCAACUUUUUUACCCUUUAUGGUGGCAAAUUUAUGCUUUUAACUCAGUUGUUAAGGCUAAAUUACCUGCUAUACUCUCCCACCGAUGCAGCACCACGGUUUCUUUAGAAACUUACCCCCUUUAUUCAAUUAAUAUGUUUGACCUACAUGGCACAAGAUAAUUAUAUCUCCUUCCUUCUCUCACAUCUCCUUUCCCUACCCCCCCCCCCCCUUUUGUCUAUCUAUGGUCUUACAAAUAGGCAUUUCAAAGUAUUUCUGAUUUUUAAUUGAUCCAAGUUAGACCAUUUUGUGUUUUUUUCCAGAACAUUCCAGUGACAAUUCAGUUAGAGUAGCUUUUAGCUCUAAUACAAAUGCUGAUUAUUCAACAGUUACAUACAGCAAAAGAUCUGUUGGUAGAAUGGUUGCAGCUGAUAUCUGAGUUGUCUCUUCAAAGGGACAAAUUAGCUGAACUUGCCUUAAGUCAAAAUGAACUUGAAUGGGAUCAGGAACUAGAGAAGGCUCAAGUCCUAAAGGUCAGUAAAUGUUUAUACCAGAUCUAUGCUCCUUUUCAAAUGUUCAAACAAAACCAGUCCUACGAAUAUUGGAGACUUUUUCACACUUUACACUUUUUAAACACCUCUGUUUUUUUUUUUUCUUUUAGGCAAGGAUUGAGCAAAUCCAAGCUUACUUUUCAUCUCCCAAAGAAAUGAAAAAGCUGGAGGAACAAGUUCUGAAAAGGAAAAAGAAAAGGGUGAGUUCUGGGAAUUUUUUUGCAUGAUAUCACAUGAGCAGGUUUUAUAGCAAAUGUAGUGCUAACAACAAAAUGAUUGAACUGUUUACAACAGAUUAAUGGUCAGGAUUGACUAGCAGUUGGUGUUUGGCUUUCAUUUGUAAUUAUAGUUGUACUAUUAUUUCAUACUUGAUAAUUGAUUUUUUUUAGGUAUUAAUUAGUGAAAUAGUGAUUGAUUAACCCUUUCACCCUCAGAUCUCUUUAUUAAUUCUCUUUACUGUCUUUCAUACUAUUCUUAUGCUGUUCAUGCUGAGAAUUUGGUAUUGGAUGAACUUAUAAUCCCCUAAUUUAAAUUUUUCUCUUUUGACAUGAUCACUUUUCUGCUCAGUAUUAUAAGGAGAAAGUCUGUCAUGGUCAAUCACAGGAGUUAAAAGGUUAAGUAGUCUUUAAUUUUUUUGUUAAAAUGAUUUGGUUGAAAGACUUUAAUUUUAUGUUUCUUAAGGAAUGGCAAAGAAGGAAAAGAGAAGAAGGAUAUUUACAAAAGAAGGAAUCAGAAGAGAGAAAAAAUAAGCUCCAUAAGAAAAUUGAUGAGUGGAGGUCGCAGAUUAUAGCAAAGGAUGAAGCAAAGAGAAGGGUAAUUUUAGUUUCAGUUAGGUCUUAAGCCCCACUUACACUACUCUGGUCAGGGCUUUAAAAAUACAAGCAAUCUAUUGCCUCCUCUAACACCUCUUACCGCUGUCUGUUUAGCCUAUGAGCACAUGCCCAGAUUGCUGAAAGUUUCUUUUCCUUGUUUUGAGAUUUUAUUUCUUUUCUUGGGAGAGCAUGCUUCAGAGGCCAAGAACUUCCCAUCCCCCCUCUAUGGCACAGUGAUCUAUGACACCAUUGGUAGCCUCUCAUGGGAAAGUUAUUGAAACCUCUGUCUGGGUAAAAUUUGAAAUCAAAUUUUAUUCCUAUGGCUUCAUUUAUCUUCCACUUCAAUCAGGGUGAGUUGUUUGGUGGAAAGUGAGUUUUGUGAAAACGUACAGCACAGAGGUUAAAUUUUAUAGGACCACUUUUGAGGUUUUCAUGUAGAACUUUAGUUUUUUUUAGUGGGGUCAGUUGUUUACAAUUUCCUAAUUUUUUUUGUUGUUGUAUGUAAACAGGCUGAAUCAAUGAAGCAUGAAGCUGGAGGAGUAUUAGGAGAGGUGAAACGGAAACAAACUGAAGCAACCAAAGCUGUUGAUCUUUUGAGAGCUUUGAGAAAACUUAGAGAAGCUAGAAAACAAGAGGCUGAAGUCAAAGGUACCCAAGCUUUAAAAACAUUCACUUAAUUUUUCAUCGAAAAAAAAUGAAACUGUAGUAACACCUUUUCUUGUCAACAAGGUACAAAAAUUUUGUGAUUGGAUGAAUUUAACAACUUCUACCUGAUAAAUUUGAGUAUUUUAUUUAUUUAUUUAUUACAAUCUAUGGUCAAAAAGGCCAAAGGAUUAUCUGCAAAGGAGUUUGAAACCCCAUAUAAAAACAGAUCACCUAUGAACUAAUAUAAAUACACUAAAGAUAAUAAAUUCAAGAAAUGCAUUUAUGGAUAUUUUAGGGAGAAGUUACAUGUUUAUCACUUUUGGGAGUUAAAGUGUCAAUUUGUUUAUUUUCUCGUUAUUGUAGGGGUGUACCUCAAACCCACAGAGGAACAGAACAGAAGGUUUGACGAGAGAGUGAAGUGGCUUGAGGACGUCAUGGUAAGAAGAAAAGAACUGUACGAAGCUGAAGAAAAGACUUUACAGGUCAUGUUGGCUGAAGAGGAGGAGGAGAAGGAGAAGGAGCGACGAGAAAUGCAAAGAAAAAAGCAAGGUACAGUCAUCUGUAUUCCUUCGCUUAAAGAAGACUGCAACACACUUUAGAACGCUUAGACUUGCGAAUACGCAUGCGUUUUCAUUGUCUGUAUACCAAAUCAGAUCAACCGUUGAAAAAGUAUCUCAAAGAUCCGCUGUAGCGCGGGGAAACGCGAGUGAUGCACUUGCUGGUUGCCUCCGACUGGUUAACGUAAGUUUUCCUGAACAAUCAAAAAGCACAGCAAACUGAAAUGCUAAUGCACGUAGCACACGUUGAUGUACGUACUUUGAAAGAACUUCAAAUUUGAGACACUAAAAUUUUGGAGAAACUGCUAGAGCUCUACCAGCUGUAAGUGAUCAUGCUAUCGCAGCUGAAUUACAUAUUGAUAAAUUGUAACAGUAAGCUUCUUUCAUUUUCAUCACAGAAUCUCUAGGUUUGUCUGAUCCAAUGGACUGGUUCCACAGCUACUACAGUCAAGCUGAGAGUGAUCUUCAAUCCUUACUACAAAUAAGGUAUGCAGUUUGACGAAGGGCUAACGCUCGAAACAUCAGCUUUGGGAACUCUUUACGGUGACCAAUUUACAUUAUCAACUUAGCUGAUGAAAAAAAAUUAUCUCGUUACUCUCCCCCACCGACGCAGCACCAAAGUUUCUUUAAAAACUUAUCUCCUUUAUUAUCCGGUAAUCAUUACGCCUUCGAUCACUUUUCGAGAGGCACGGAGGCUUUCGUUAAGAUCUAAGAAAGCGUCAAGGGUUAGGAAUCAUCAUCUUCUGCUAAGGUUAUCAAAACGUUGGUCAUUACUAUCAGCACUCGCAGUAGUCGUUGUUAGGACUACUCUCUCCUGAGAGAUGAUUCAACACGAAUAAAUAUUACUCUUGGGUUCAUUUGAACAAUUCACCGAAAUACUUGAAAUAUUUACAUGCACGCGUUCGUAGAAGCGUAAAUUUGAACUUGGUCCUGUUGUAAUCUCAAAAUACUCUGCUUUCCCAGGAAAAUUGAAGUUGAACUUAUCAUCGGCUUUGUUCAUUUCUCUUCCCUAGGCGGCAGUGGGAUGCGUUCCUGGUACCCGAGAUGUUCCCAGGGGCGUCUCGUAUCCCCGACGGAUGUGUAACCCCCACGGAACCUUCGUCUGAGUUGUGGGCUACAGCACUUAUCGACAAGGGCUAGUUCAUGUCUAGCCCUUCAAAUUUAGCAAUAAAUUAUAGAAAUUCUAUCUCUGUUAGGGCAUUGUUACUUUAUUUCUGCGUUUGCGUAUAACUUAUCAAUAAAUUUAUUUUUUCAUUUCUGUCGUUUUAUGCUUAAAACUAAAGAAAAGCUUACUUUGAAAUUAUCCUAUCUGAGAUCUUGUAACAUAUUCGUUUCCCUCCUUACAACAGAAAAUCAGUCUGGAUUAUCAGAUGGCAAGUUAGUUCCACGGCUUUGUUCAUUGUUCAGAAAAAAAUAGUCUAUAUUGUCUCGAGUCGAGGUUAAAGGCAUUCUUUAGAAUUUUUGUUUGUCUUCGAACAAACAGAUUGCUUUGAUGAAGUAGUAAUUAAAAGAGUUAGCACACUCUAAUGAUAUGAUGAUUUUUCUGCUAACAUUACUAUUUUGAAAACGAUAUGCAUUAAAAUUCUAACUAUCUCGGGUACAACUUUUAAGAGGACUAAUAAGAAAACAUAGAUUGUGUUUGGUACAUUCGAAAACAAUCAGUGGACAUUUAAUUAAUGCAAAAGUUUCUGAAUAUUUUUGGAAAACUGAAAGGUAUUCUUUUGAACGACUCAUGCGAAUGAAUGGUUAAUUUUUCGAUAUUUUACUCAUAUUUACAUUAAAACCGUUGUUUUAAUUUUGUGGUCGUCUACCCUCGAUUUGUCGAAGUCUCCCAAGGAAUUUUUUCGAUCACGGAAAAAAGAAUGAACUUGGUACAUAAUCUCAAAAUUGUAAUGUAUCAUUUGUAUCAAUUGGAAUGUAUCAUUUGGUAAUAAAUUGCGAACUAAACUAGACUUGAAUUAAACAGGUCAUGUUUGUUUUUAAGAGUGAGC